AUGACAGUCGAAGCAAAAACGUUCACGAACAAAUCUAAUGGCGAAACAUUCACAAAAGGCACUUAUAACGGUAUUGAAGUCUUACGUAGAGACAAGGAUGGUUACAUUAAUGCAACAAAUAUGUGUCAGCAGUUUAGGAAAGACUUUAGAAAGUUGUUGGAAAAUAAGUCCUGGGAAGAGUAUUAUACGGCAUUUUGUGAAGAAUAUACCAACCGCCGGAAUUCCGACGGUUGCUUUUUAUACAAGGUUCAUGCAGGAAUUCCUGAUGAAAUCAAACAGGUUAGAGGAACGUAUGUAGACCCAAGACUUGUAAACUAUAUAGCAAUGUGGGCUUCUCCAAAAUAUUGUAUAGCAGUUGGAAAAAUUAUGGACUCCAUAGACAAGAAAGUUCAUGAGAAGUUAGAUGAAGAAGAACUUGAAGAUACAGUAGAGAAUGCAAAACCUUUGUUUGAAGAAGAA